UUCUCCUCCAUCCCGCCGCACGGCGUGCGGGCGGCGCCCUCCCGACCCGUCAUCGGCUAUGCCCUCAUCGCCCCCAUCGUGAGACCCCGGCUGCCUCCUCGGGAGGCUGUGCGCAACGCCUGGGGCCUGGGGCUCGCAGAGAUCUUGGGCAAAGAGCAGCUGCAGAACACGCCCAGGCGGAGGGAGGCAGCUUUUGAAAGCCUGCGACCAGAAGCGCCCCGCCCGAAAACCUCCAUCCGCGCUCCUCGGUGAUCCUCGAGCCUCCGUCAUCGAUCCACGGUCCUCCCCCUCGUGCGGAGGGUAGUUCGAGCCAGCGGAUUCAGACGGGGUCUCCCGCCCCGUGCUGGUGUAUGACACGUACACCGCCUACCACCACUACAAGGCGAAGACCCACCACGCGAAGGACUUCGCCGCCCGGCUGGUGCUGAAGUCCGACUGCACGGAGAAGACCAUCAGGAUCACGAGGGAGGACGCCCUCAAGAGAGACUUCCUGAGGCCGGAGUUCGCAGAGGUCUGCGGCCAGAAUCACUCGGCCAUGCUGGCCAAGCAGGUGCAGCGCGCAAACUUCGAGAUGGUCAAAAUGAUGGGAGCCUUCGAGGAAGUGGGCCGCUGCCUCUGGCCGCACGGAAAGAGGGCGUGGUCCAAGGCCAAUUGCGUCGAGGCGAUCUACGAGCCCCUCCGCGCGAAGAAGGGCAAGGCCGGGAUGCUCUUCGGGGCUAUCGCGACCGCGGCCUCGUACGCCCGGACGGUCGACAGUAUACUCUCUAAGCCGGCGUACGGGAACGAGUUCACAGAGAGGUUCGGGGUCGACAUGCCGGCCAACGCCUCCACGGAGAUGCAGCUGCUGGCCAACCUGACCAAGGC